CGGUACCGGCGUCGUUGACGUCGUGGGGCCGGAGAGCGAGAGCGCGCGAAUUGCGGAGGUACUUUUGGCGCCACGCUGUAAAGUGCUAGCGGCUGCUGGAAUAUUAAAUCUGCUUCAAAGUCGGGGGAAUGGCGAUCAGAUUGUCCGAGGGGGCCAUUGCGUCAAUAGUUCAAGGGGGAACUCCUUCACAGCCACUUUUACAAGUAAUUAGUAUUCGAAAAAUUACAAAUGGGCCUCCAAGGUAUCGCGUACUAAUGAGUGAUGGAAUCCAUACACUGUCAUCUUUCCUCCUUGCAACUCAGCUGAACUACAUGGGAGAUGAGGGCCUUAUUGCAGUAAACUGCGUCUGCCAAAUCAACAGGUUCAUCUGUAACACAAUGAAGGAUGGAAGACGUGCAGUGGUGAUUGUUGAGUUGAAAGUUGUUAGAACGGCCGAUCAAGUGAAUGGAAAGAUUGGUAAUCCAGUGCCAAUCAGUGAAGGUCAGACACAGCAGUCAGCUGCUGUUGCCAACUCAACAACAAUCAAACAACCUGCGCAAAAUGACACUCCAUCCGAUGCUGCUUCAGUUCACAGUUUUCCAGCAAAAUUUGAGAGCAAACUGCCAAGUAAAUCUGGUGGCAUGAGGGGACCACCAAACAGCAUUGGAACAUCACAGACAAAAGUAGUGCCCAUCGCCUGCCUGAAUCCCUACCAGUCUAAAUGGACAAUCCGGGCUCGCGUUACCAAUAAAAGUCAGAUUAGAACGUGGAGCAACUCCCGUGGAGAAGGAAAGCUAUUUUCUAUGGAGUUACUGGAUGAGAGUGGUGAAAUUAGAGCCACAGUUUUCACUGACCAGGUGGAUAAGUUUUUCCCGCUCAUUGAAGUGAAUAAGGUAUAUUUUGUGUCAAAAGCAACUCUGAAGACUGCCAACAAGCAGUACACAUCUGUGAAGAAUGAUUAUGAGAUGACAUUUAACAAUGAAACCUCUGUGAUCCCUUGUGGUGAUGGAGAUGACUUGCCUACAGUACAGUUUGAGUUUGUACCGAUUAAUCAGCUUGAAAGCAAGAACAAGGAUACUAUGCUCGAUAUAAUUGGAAUCUGCAAGUCGUUUGAAGAUGUCACUAAGAUAACAGUUAGGUCAAGUAAUCGUGAGGUAUCCAAGAGAAAUAUUUAUCUGAUGGACGCGUCUGGGAAAGUUGUCAGUACUACACUGUGGGGUGAAGAUGCUGAAAAGUUUGAUGGAUCAGGACAGCCGGUGGUGGCCAUUAAAGGAGCCAGACUUUCAGAUUUUGGUGGCAGAUCUCUAUCUGUUUUGUCGUCCAGCACUGUCUUAAUUAACCCUGACAUUCCAGAGGCUUUCAAACUAAGAGCAUGGUUUGAUACUGAAGGCCAGGUGAUGGAAGGAACAUCUAUUUCUGAUGUGAAGGGUGGUUCCAUGGGGGGGAGCACGAACUGGAAAGUUCUACUUGAAGUUAAAAAUGAAAAUUUGGGUCAUGGAGAUAAGCCUGAUUAUUACACGACUGUAGGUACCAUUGUGUACCUAAGGAAGGAAAACUGCAUGUACCAGGCGUGUCCCACAGCAGACUGCAAUAAGAAGGUUGUGGAUCAACAGAAUGGCCUUUAUAGAUGUGAGAAAUGUGAUCGCGAGUUCCCCAACUUCAAAUAUCGAAUGAUCUUGUCAGUAAAUCUGGCAGACUUUGGAGAAAAUCAGUGGGUAACGUGUUUCCAAGAGACAGGUGAGGCAAUCCUUGGGCAGAAUGCCAAUUAUCUUGGAGAGCUGAAGGACUCGAAUGAACAAGCCUUUGAAGAAGUUUUCCAGAAUGCAAACUUUCGGUCCUUCACCUGCAGAAUCCGUGUCAAACUUGAAACAUACAAUGAUGAAUCUCGCAUCAAAGCGACAAUGAUGGAUGUGAAGCCAGUGGACCAUAAGGAGUACAGCAAGAGGCUGAUAAUGAAUAUUAGGAAACAUGCAGCUACACAAGCUUUCUGAAUGCUGAAUAGACGUGAAGAAUGAGCGCCAGUGGAAACCGGGUGCUUCAAAUAAUCAAUUAAAUACACUUUCUUUUGGCCUGCGAAAAUGGAAGACAAUUUUAAUUUGGGAUCACUUACAGAAUUCUGCAUUUCUAGAACUGCUGUAGAAAUGCUGGCUGUGUGGAUUAUAGAACUAGAGCUUGUUGAAUUCUGGUCAACUUGUGCUAGAUGACGAGACUGAAUAUGUGUCUAUGUAAGUAGGCCUUCUUACCUUAGUAUAGUUAAUCACAGGAUGGACAGUAAAGCCAUUUAUCUCCCCCCACCGCACACCAAUGUCCCCCUUCCACUUUUGCACAAAUUAUUCUAGUUCUACAUUCUAAUAAACAUUGACAAAGAACAUAAAUUUGACUGCUUUAGUACUAUUUCAGAAUGGAAAUCGGUGAUGAAAAUGAUGUCCAGCCGUCUAUUUGAUAAUGCUCACUGCAGGUUUUCUGUGGCAUCAAAAAUGUGUUUUCUGUUUGAUUUGUUCUUUCGUGCUCAAUCUUCCCACUGCUCUCCUGUUUGUAUUCAGCUUUAUUUUCUCUGGUGUUAUCAGUAGCUCAGUGAAUCAGAAAGUUGUGUUUUCAGGGCCGCUCUAGAAACCUGAGCAAAUAAUCGAAUUUCCGGUCCAGUGCCACACUGGGAGAGUGUUCCAGUUAGUUGCAGACUAAUUAUUCCCACUUGAAAGUGGGAACACGGUGAGGGGUUUAUCUGCUUUGACCUUGUACAAGCUAGAUCCUUCAAGCGUGGUCUAGAAUGCAAAGGAUUUGUUUGCUCACCUCACCCUCAUCCAAAAAGCCAAUAGCUUUGCCUUGGAUCCGGGUGAGGAAUUAACACAGCAGAUCUGUUCAUAAAGUCAGAAUCACGUUUGUUAUCACUGACAUAAACACCAGAGAUUCUGCAAGUGCUGAAAAUCAGAGCAACACACACAAAAUGCUGGAGGAACUCAGCAGGUUGGGCAGCAUCAAUGUUAAUUGAUGGUUAUCAACAUUUGAAAUCAACAUUUCAAGCUGAAACCUAAUGAGGGGUCUCUGCCCAAAAUGACGACUAUUGUUCCUCUCUC